AAAAUAUUAAAAAUAAAAACGAGUUUGGGGCAAACCACAGGAGAUGGAACUGGGGCUAUAGUCCCUUUGACCAGGAAGUGGAGCCCCCAGCGUGGGGAGGCAGUUGCAGGAUCAGGGAGGCUCAGGGUCACCGGUGGCUACCGUCACGGCUGUUAUCAUUUCCUCGUCCCUCUCGCCCUGGAGCCCUCGCUGCCCCCUCACCAUCUGACAUUCCAUUGUCUCCUGUUGGUUUACAUCGGCUCCUGCACAGGAGGGUUCUCCCCACUGGGUUACCCCCCAGCAUUGCCGUCCCCCGUGAGCGAGCACAGAGCUCGGCCCAGCAGCCGCGUGGUGCUCUGGGCCUGGACGUCUGCCCCUGGACCACGACCCAGAGACGCUCGCUGAUCCCAUCAGCAGCCCCAAGGCCGUCGCUGCGACCUCUGCUUUACUUCCCAGGUGUCUGUGACCUUCGAGGACGUGGCCGUGACCUUCUCCCAGGAGGAGUGGGGGCAGCUGGACGUGGCCCAGAGGACCCUGUACCAGGAGGUGAUGCUGGAGAACUGCAGGCUCCUGGCAUCGCUGGGGUGCCCUGUUCCCAGACCGGAGCUGAUCUGCCAGCCGGAGCCGGGGUGGGAGCUGUGGAUGGUGAAGACAGAUCUCUCCCGAGGCACCUGUCCAGGUGAGAAGGGAAAAGCUAGAAUCACAGAACCCACUACAUGUGAGCUUGCCCUGUCUGAGAGAGCCUCACUUCUGGAGCAGCUAACACAAGGAGCUGAAUCCCCAGAAGACUUCCAGGUGGAUCAAACCACGGAUCAGAAUGGGCCAUUGGGAGUGCGAGAGGGACAGUGGGAAUCAGGGAUAGACCUGCGGAAGGAGAAGCUUCCUAGGAAAUCCCGCUCUGAACAUGGCGGCUGGGGGACAGCGGAGGGUGUGCGUGCCCCUGCCUUGCGAGCUCUCCUGGAGCAUGGCUCAUGCAGAUUCGGUCAAGAUCACAUGACUCGGGAAGACGAAAGUAUCUUCAAAUGCAAUGAAUGUGGGAAAGUGUUCAACAAGAAACGCCUCCUGGCUCGACAUGAGAGGAUUCACUCCGGAGUGAAGCCCUACGAAUGCACAGAGUGUGGGAAAACCUUUAGCAAAAGCACUUACCUCCUUCAGCACCACAUGGUCCACACAGGGGAGAAGCCAUAUAAGUGCAUGGAGUGUGGGAAGGCCUUCAACCGCAAGUCACACCUGACACAACACCAGCGGAUUCACAGCGGAGAGAAGCCCUAUAAGUGCGAUGAAUGUGGCAAGGCCUUCACCCACCGCUCGACUUUCGUCCUCCAUAACCGGAGCCACACUGGAGAGAAGCCCUUCGUGUGCAAAGAGUGUGGAAAAGCCUUCCGAGACAGGCCAGGUUUCAUUCGGCACUACAUCAUCCACAGCGGCGAGAACCCCUAUGAGUGCUUCGAGUGUGGGAAGGUCUUCAAACACAGGUCCUACCUCAUGUGGCACCAGCAGACUCACACCGGGGAGAAGCCCUAUGAGUGCAGUGAGUGUGGGAAAGCCUUCUGCGAGAGCGCGGCCCUCAUCCACCACUACGUCAUCCACACGGGGGAGAAGCCCUUUGAGUGCCUCGAGUGCGGGAAGGCCUUCAACCACAGGUCGUACCUCAAGAGGCACCAGCGGAUCCACACCGGGGAGAAGCCUUUUGUGUGCACGGAGUGUGACAGGGCCUUCACCCACUGCUCCACUUUCAUCCUGCACAAGAGGGCCCACACUGGGGAAAAGCCUUUCGAGUGCAAGGAGUGUGGCAAAGCCUUUAGCAAUCGGGCCGACCUCAUCCGGCACUUCAGCAUCCACACUGGAGAGAAGCCCUAUGAGUGCGGUGAGUGUGGGAAGGCCUUCAACCGCAGGUCAGGCCUCACGAGGCACCAGCGGAUUCACAGCGGAGAGAAGCCCUAUGAGUGCAUGGAGUGUGGGAAAACCUUCUGCUGGAGCACUAACCUCAUCCGACACUCCAUCAUCCACACCGGGGAGAAGCCCUAUGAGUGCAGUGAGUGCGGGAAGGCCUUCAGUCGUAGCUCAUCCCUCACCCAGCAUCAAAGGGUUCACACUGGGAGAAACCCAGUCGGUGUAACCGAAGUGGGAAGACCCUUCGCCAGCGGACAAUCCUCAGUCAACCUCCAAGAACUCCUGUUGGGGAAAGACUUUUUGAAUGUAAACACUGUGGAGAAUGUUUUGCCAGAAGAAUCACCGUACGCAGACUCUAAUCAUUCAUACCAAAGAGAAACCCCGGGGUUGUCUUCCCUGUGAAAAACCCGUUGCCAGAUGUCAGUGGUCUUCUCGUGAGUCAUGUUGGAAACCGACCCCGCCUGGAGCCUUAUUCUACGUGUGGGAGUUUAUUCAGGAGACAGACCCGGCGGUUAUCAGGCACUUAGAAAGCUUCCCACUCUGUCUUUCUCCUUAGUUUACACGGCAGUGUUAUCUCAGGAAUUUCUUCUUUAAGAAGAAGGGAGAGACUCGGAAGGGAAAAGGAACUACCCCCAGUUUCUUCAGACUCUGGCCACACCUGUGGCACUUGGUCAUGGAUUUCUUAGUCUCUCUGGCAGGAGGAGAGUGUUGUGUGAGAGGUGAAGGACUAGGGUCUAUGUAUGUGUCUCGUACAUACACUCACUGCUGUCCAUUGUCCAGAAAGUAGACAGUUGAAGGCAGGUCUGAAAACUUUCAAUGAACAUCCUUGUUCUAAAACAUUGUCUGUAUUCUUGAAGAAGAAAAAAAAAAUCCUUACCCAAGGACAUGUUCCCAUUACUUGUAGAGAGGGGUGGGGGGGAGAAACCCCUAGCGGUUGCCUGCCAGACACACCCCAACCAGGGAUCGAACCUGCAACCUAGGCAUGUGCCCUGCCUGGGAAUUGGACCCACUGUCUUUCAGUGUAUGGGGCAGUGCUCAACCAACAGCCACGCCAGCAGGCCACUGUCUCUACUCUUAAGGAGUUUAAUUUUUUUGAGACAUAUGAAGGCUUGAACAUAAAUACUUUUUUGUUUGAGGGGAUUUGAGUACACGUAUGGACAGUCACAUUUUAUUGCACCAGGUAACACGGGGUUAAGGCUUUGCUUUUUAAAGAACAAAAUGGUUCUUUAAAUGUGAAGACGUGGUUUUAAAGACCCAGUACCUGGACAUUUUUUGGUUCUGUACUGUUGGUUGACUUGAUGGCUAUAGUUAAAUGGUAAAUUUUUUAAAUUGAGUAAAGUGAUUCUUUUAUCCACAUUUUUUUUAUUUGAAACUUAUUUAUCACUCCCACUUUAAUAUCUAUAUAAAGUUUUAGAUAUACUUGAUUUUUUUUUACCCCCAGAAUAGCAAGUUUUGAUAGAAAUUGAGUUAAAUUGGCAGGUGGAUCAAUUUGUUGAGAACAGGCAUCUUGACUGCGUUGAGUCUUCCAGUUAUUUAACAUGGGGUGUGUCUGUAUUGCAGCAUUGUUUAUCUCCUUACUGUUUUAUGAAGGUCAAUAGCAGGUCUUGUCCAGUUUUUAUCGGUCUUUGGUAUUAUACAGAUCAUUUUUGGAUGUUAUUCUGGCAUCCUGCAAACUUUCUGAACCGUAACCAUUUACGUGUUAGAAUGCUUGGGAUUUUUCUACAAAGGAAAAUAGGGGUAGUUAUUAUUUUUUCUUCUCCUCUGCAUUUCCUCUUCUUUUUCCUGUCUUGCUGCACUUGCUGGGAUUUCCAAUAAAAUGUUGAGUAGAAGUAGUGAGAAAGAUGUUCUUGUUGGCCCCUCAUAUUAGAGGGGAAACACUCCGUUUUUCAUCAUUAAGUCUGAUGUUCGUCUUAGGGUUUCUUCAUAGAGGGUUCUGACCGAGUUCAGAAGGUGUCCCAUGUUCCUCAUUUGCUGAGGUUUUUUGUUAUCUUGAACGGGUGUUGAAUUCUGUCAAAUGCUUUUUCUCUCUUAGUUGAUAUAAGCAUGUUUGUUUGUUUGUUUCUGUAGCCUGU